UCUCCGGAAGAUUUGAGCCUUGCUGAACCUCCUGUGGACAAGCCCGCCGCCGAGGCCAGGACCAUCCCUUGGAUGCCGAGAGUCCGCUGGGGCCUGGACAUUCUGGGAAGACUGCAUCGCCAGGAGGUUUUGCCGGACGUUCCCGAACCACUCGUCUUUGCAGCUGUCUCCCCGUGACGAUGGCCGCGUGAGCACCUGCCAUGGCCAACCGUAAGCGCCAGAGCACUGCGAGCAGCAUGCUGGACCACAGGGCGCGCCCGGGCCCCGGGCCCCACGGCCAGGAGCCCGAGACCCAGGACCCAGAGCCGCCCCGGGAGGAGUACGCGCCCCAGCGCCUGGAGCUGGCCGCCCUGCGGCCCGAGAGCCCCCCGCCGCCCGAGCGGGGCUGCCACGACCACAGCCCCGACGGGGACUCCAGCUCCGAUUACGUGAACAACACGUCGGAGGAGGAAGACUAUGACGAGGGCCUCCCAGAGGAGGAGGAGGGUGUCACCUACUACAUCCGUUACUGCCCCGAGGACGACAGCUACCUGGAGGGCAUGGACUGCAACGGGGAGGGCUACCUGCCCCACGGCGCGCGCCACCUGGACACGGACGAGUGCCAGGAGGCCGUGGAGGAGUGGACGGACUCGGCAGGCCUGCACGCCCGCGGCCACGGGGACGACGGCGGCCCGGACUACCGGGACGGCCACCUCCCCAUCGCAGAGGACGAGGCCUCCGUCCUCGAGGCGCCGGACCAGGAGGAGGACAUUCGCUACUGUCCCAGCGAGGAGGGCUACCCGGACUACUACCCCCCGGAGGCGAACGGGAACGCGGACGGCGUGUCUCCCUACCGCCCGCGGCGUGGGGACGGCGACCUGGAGGAGCAGGAGGAAGACAUCGACCAGAUCGUGGCCGAGAUCAAGAUGAGCUUGAGUAUGACCAGCAUCGCCAGCGCCGGGGAGCCCAGCCCUGACCGCGGCCCCAGCAGACACGAGGGGCGGCCCAAGUCGCUCAACCUCCCUCCCGAGGCCAAGCUCCCCGGAGACCCCCAGAGAGGCUUCAAGACCAAGAGCAGGACUCCCGAGGAGAGGCCGAAGUGGGCCCAAGAGCAGGUCUGCAACGGUGUGGAGCAGCCGAGGAAGCAGCAGCGCUCCGAUCUCAAUGGGCCCGUCAAUAACAACAACAUCCCGGAGACAAAAAAGGUGGCCUCCUUUCCAAGUUUCGUGGCCGUUCCAGGGCCCUGUGAACCCGAGGACCUCAUUGAUGGCAUCAUCUUUGCCGCCAACUACUUGGGGUCCACCCAGCUGCUGUCGGAGCGGAACCCCUCCAAGAACAUCCGGAUGAUGCAGGCCCAGGAGGCCGUCAGCCGGGUCAAGAACUCCGAGGGGGACGCCCAGACGCUGACCGAAGUGGACCUGUUCAUCUCCACCCAGAGGAUCAAGGUGUUAAACGCGGACACACAGGAAACCAUGAUGGACCACGCCCUGCGCACUAUUUCCUACAUCGCGGACAUCGGGAACAUUGUGGUGCUCAUGGCCCGGCGGCGCAUGCCGCGGUCGGCCUCUCAGGACUGCAUCGAGACCACGCCGGGCGCCCAGGAGGGCAGGAAGCAAUACAAGAUGAUCUGCCACGUGUUCGAGUCCGAGGACGCGCAGCUGAUCGCGCAGUCCAUCGGCCAGGCCUUCAGCGUGGCCUACCAGGAGUUCCUGCAGGCGAACGGCAUCAACCCCGAGGACCUGAGCCAGAAGGAGUACAGCGACGUCAUCAGCACCCAGGAGCUGUACAACGACGACCUCAUCCACUUCUCCAACUCGGAGAACUGCAAGGAGCUGCAGCUGGAGAAGCACAAGGGUGAGAUCCUGGGCGUGGUGGUGGUGGAGUCGGGCUGGGGCUCCAUCCUGCCCACGGUGAUCCUGGCCAACAUGAUGAACGGGGGCCCCGCCGCCCGCUCGGGGAAGCUGAGCAUCGGGGACCAGAUCAUGUCCAUCAACGGCACCAGCCUGGUGGGGCUGCCCCUCGCCACCUGCCAGGGCAUCAUCAAGGGUCUGAAGAACCAGACGCAGGUGAAGCUCAACAUUGUCAGCUGCCCACCGGUCACCACGGUCCUCAUCAAGCGGCCAGACCUCAAGUACCAGCUGGGCUUCAGCGUGCAGAACGGAAUCAUCUGCAGCCUCAUGCGGGGAGGCAUCGCCGAGCGAGGGGGCGUCCGCGUGGGCCACCGCAUCAUCGAGAUCAACGGGCAGAGCGUGGUGGCCACGGCCCACGAGAAGAUCGUGCAGGCUCUGUCCAACUCGGUGGGAGAGAUCCACAUGAAAACCAUGCCCGCCGCCAUGUUCCGGCUCCUCACCGGCCAGGAGACCCCGCUGUACAUCUAGGACCCAGGACCGGAGCCCACGGCCCGCCAGGGACCCUGCAGGGCCCGUCUUUACAGAGGAGAGUCCCAGGAACAGUCCCCGUGGACAGUCGUGUUUGCUGCGUCCCGAUCUGUUCUCAUCGCGACUGACAAGGUGUGUGUGUACCUCUGUGGUGUGGUCGGUCCUCCCGUGGCCGCGGAGGGAGGCCCCCGACGGGCUGCUGGCGUCGCCGCGUCGUCCGAGGAAGUGCGCUGCCCGGCUCUCCCGUAAGCGAGGUUUGGGAGCACGACUGUGUUGGACUUUGAGAAGGAGCCGUUCCUGAGUUAAACACGGGCUGGUGGUCACAUCAAAUGCCAGUUACUUAGGAAACACCACUGUUGGACUUUUAAAGCCGUUCUUCAGACUCAAGGGCCUUCAGAUGACCCGUGACCACACCGGCUGCCCAUCGUCACCUGGGCACUCGCAUCCCCAAGACGAGGAGGGCAGCCUGGGCCGUGGCCCUCUACUGACAAUCCCUCUACACACGCGUGCUCCCCGCAGACACCUCGCCCCCGCACCCCCGGGGCCGGGCGCGGUCGCCGCGAGCAGCAGUGGGGUGUGUACAUAACUCCAGCGUAGUCUAGCCCAGCCCUAGAGCUCAGUUCCCCGACGCCUGCGUCUGGAAGCCCCCGGCCCAGGCCCUGAGAUACACUGUGAUAAGAAGCCUUACACGGAGUGACCUGUGUGUUGCAUGCAGCCGCCUUAGGAAGACUCGCGAUACCACUAAUAAACCCGACGUCACCACGAA